GAAAAUAUAGUUACAUCUGUACGGUUAUUUCUAUCACAUUUAUUCUUGAAAAACAUUGAAUACUUCCGUUACGUUGCAAUACUUAGUUGUUUAGCGUGUGAAAAUAGUGCUCGAAGAUAUUGUAUUCUGACGUGAAAUUUACAAUAUUAGAGACUUUAAAUACGCAUCGACAUUAACAAGGGUGUUGUAAAAAACUCGAAUUUACGAGUGCGCUAUUAUUAUUUUGAAGAGGAAACAUGAGUCCCUUAAACAGAGGUCCUCUCUUGGGACCAAGACUUCCACCAGCCGGUUUACGACCUCCGCCUCCAAGAUUUGGUGCUAGACUUCCACCACCAGGUAUGCCUCCGAGAAUGCCGCUACCUCCAAUGAGCGCAAUCCUUGGCCCGAUGAGACAGAGAUUACCUCCUCCCCCUAGACUAGGCGGUGUGGCCCAACCUGGUGGACCGCUACCACUUUUCCCACCAGGUAGGGCUCCAUUACCACCCAUGGCAGGACCUCGAGGUCCACUUAUGUGUCCAUGGCCUCGAAGAGUCUUACCACCACAAAUUUUGCCACACAUGAGGCCAAGGUUCUCCACUAGAAAUGGAACGGUCAAAGGCAAAGUAUUAAAUAAUGCCAAGAAAGUCAUCAAGCUUGAGGAAUUAGAAUUAAAAAAGCCAUGGAUGACAGAUGAAAUUCGCAGUGAAAUACAAAAGAAAAAUAAGCUUUAUGCUAAGGCAAAGAAGAAUAAGGAUGCAAAAGAAUGGGGAGAAUUUAAGGAUCUACGGAAUAAAGUCACAAGAAUGAUAAGAGAUGCAAAGAAUGAAUAUCUUGCUAAACAUCCUGAACAGGUUCAUCUUUAUCCAAAUAAUGAGGAACCAUAUGACAAAAGAGAUGAAAAUUAUGAAAGUUCAGAUGAAGAUCAGCAAUACUAUUGUGAAGUAUGUGAUAGAGAAUUUCCAUCAAAAGUUAUGUUGUCAGAACAUGUGAAUACACAUAAGUUAUGUGGUAUAGAUGGUUGUACUUUUACUGCUCACCCACUACUUGUUGAAAAACAUAUUAGUAUGCAACAUAGUACUGGGUUAUAUCAAAGAAUGAAAAAUUUAUCAACACCAGAAGAUAUUCAAAAGUGGAUCGCGGAAAGAAAAAGAAAAUAUCCUACAAAAGCAAAUAUAGAAGAACAAAAAAAUGCAGAAUUAAAAAAGAUACAACGAGGUGAAAUAAUCAAACAAGAGCAAAAAUUUGUUCGACCAAGGACAAAUAAAACAAAUACUUAUACUGAAAGAAAACGAAGAGUUCGUAAACGCCGAGUACCGAAACAUGAGAAUAUAGCACCUGUUACAGAUAUAUAUAGAGGUCUAAUUUCGUUUCCAGGAACAUCUUGCCUAGAUGAUGAUUCUAACGAAAGUUUCAACGAAGAACAUUUGGAAACAAAACCUACUACUGCUGAUGUAGUUAUAGAAAGUCCAUUUAAUAUCUCUGAUGAAGAAGAUGUAUCAAUUGAGAGUAACUUAAUAAAUAGUCCAAUAAAAAAUACUUUAACAUGCAGCUUAGUAGCUGACUAUGAAAGUGAAGACGAGAUUCCAGAAGAAAUACCUAUAAAAAAAUCCAAAAUAUGUUUAGAUCAAAAAAAUAUUAUGGUAGAAAAAGUAUUGAAUCCUGAACAAAGUGUCAAUAAUCAUAGUAUAUUAUCUGACACAGUAUCAAACAAUGAAAUAUCUAAUACUUCAGAGAAAUUUAAUAGUAAGAAAAAAGAAACUGAACCAUAUAAUAUACGUACAAAGAAUACAAUUAUUAAUAAUAAAAGAAAUAAUAAAAAUAGUUUGCAUUUAUUGCAAAGGUUGCUUUCUAGAUCUAUACAACAUGAAAGAAAUAUGAUCUGUCAAUGUAUAAAAUAUAUAGUAGACAAUAAUUUUUUCGACUGCGACUAGU